GAGAGCGAAGAACCACACUAAAAAACUCAUAAAACAGAAACCCAGCAGGAGGCGGAGGCGGAGGCGGAGGCAGCUGGAAGAAAGUAGCCAUGGAUUUGCCAAAGCCAAAUCCACACGUAGCACUGUUUGCUAGCCCCGGCAUGGGCCAUCUCAUCCCUCUGGUAGCCUUCUCCAAGCGCUUGUUGUCCCUCCACGGCUUCCACUCCACCAUCUUCGUCGUCUCAGCCUCAGCCUCAGCUCCCACUGUCCAAUCCCAACUCAUUCAUUCCCUACAACUCCCCUCCUCCAUCCGAAUCGUCCAUCUCUAGCCACCCGAUAUCUCCGCCUUCGUCACUACCCAAACAGCCGCUCUCUCCCGUAUCUGUAUCAUCGUCAGAGAAUCAAUCCCAGCCUUACGAGUUGCUCUUGCUGUCAUGUCACCGCCGCCCACUGUCCUGGUAGUCGAACAUUUCGGCACCUAUGCUUUCCCCAUCGCGGAAGAGCUGGGCAUCCCCAAAUACUUAUACAUUCCUACCACGGCAGCGUUCUUGGCGUUCACGGUGUACGUGCCGACACUAGAUAAGUUAAUAGAGGGCGAGUAUGUGGACAUGGAGGAGCCGGUUCGCAUACCAAGUUGCAAGCCGAUUCGAGUGGAGGACCUGGUCGAUCCCAUGAUGAACCGGAAAAACGACAUGUAUGACCACUAUUUAUAUAGGGCGACCAGGUUGCCCUUGGCAGAUGCGAUAUUGAUAAACACGUGGGAGGAUUUAGAGCCAACAUCACUUAGAGCCCUUCGAGAGGAUCCCAUUCUACGUCAGAUCAUGCCUCUGCCGGUUUAUCCAGUGGGCCCAAUAGUGUUGUCACCGGGCCCACCUUGUGACCAAUCACGUGCAGAGUGUCUGGCGUGGCUGGAUCAACAACCCUUGGAAUCGGUGAUCUAUGUUUCGUUUGGGAGCGCCGGAAGGCUAUCGGAGGAGCAACUCACUGAGCUGGCUUUGGGGUUGGGGUUGAGUGGGAAACGAUUUCUUUGGGUGGUGCGUCCCCCGGUUGGGAACGACGGGGCUUUCUUCAACCCCGGCGGAGAUGGAGAUGUUGGGCUGUCAAGGUACUUGCCGGACGGGUUCUUAUCCCGAACCCAAGAGCUGGGAUUGGUUGUCCCUAUGUGGGCCCCGCAGGUAGAGGUUUUAAGCCAUCCAUCGGUAGGUGGAUUCUUAUCACACUGUGGAUGGAACUCGACGCUGGAAAGCAUGUUGAACGGGGUGCCGAUGAUCGCAUGGCCUCUGUACGCUGAGCAGAGGAUGAAUGCGACGAUGCUGGUGGAGGAAGUAGGGGUGAGUUUGAGGACGAAGGAGUUACCGACGAAGAGGGUGGUAGGAAGGGAAGAGAUAGAGAAGCUGGUGAGGUUGGUGAUGGAUAAGGAAGGGGUAGCGGUGAGUAGAAGAAUGAAGGAAGUGAAGGAGAGUGGGUUGAGAGCUGUGGGUGAGGGUGGGUCUUCUUGGGAUUGGCUCUCUCAUGUCGCGCAGCAGUGGAAGCAGAUUGGUAAUGCUAAAGCAAAGACUGGGGCCAGGAUAAAAGGACAGACAGAUGGAGCUGAUCAUGAGUGUUCAUCAACAGUCAACACUUAGAUAUCCCUCGGUGAUCAAUUCUUCGGUUCCCAGCUUACAAUCCAUCCCUAGAAUAAGAAAAACAUAGAACGGCUAUGUGAAAGGUGAAAGGUGAAAGGUUCCUUAUCCACUCAUUUCUUACUGUUAUAUCAGUUCAGCCAGAGUCCCAAUCAUGUACUUGUACGAAAAUCAUUCCCGAUGUUUGGUUUACACUUGGAUGUUACUUAUUCUUUCUUUUCUCUUAAUUGAUUUUUAUUUUUAAUAGAAUUUAAGCGUGGAUCAAACACCAUACAAAAAUGAUUAUUGUACAAAGACUUGAUCCGCAGUCAAUCAGACGUAUAUAUGUUGUGGGGUACUUCCCCUCUAUAAUUGAAGGGGUAGUCAGCCUUCAAUUGCUUUUGUAUGAUUUCUUCUUUUGUUUUGCGGAUAGUUUUACUAGAGUUCUCUUUUGAUAUGAGGACCAUUCUGAAGUAUUCACAA